AUGGCGGAUCCUUUCAGCAUUUUUGCAGGCGUUCUGGCUACCGCGGCUGCGGCGAUCAAGUCCGCAAAGACCGUGCAUGAGGUUGCAAAGGGUAUCAAAGGGGCUUCGCAAGAGGUUCAGGCGAUCGCUCGAGACGCUGACUCACUUCACCACACGAUCUCUUUGUUGCAUGCAACGUUAAAGCAUAAAGAAGUCAGAGCGAAAUAUUUUGAAGAUGGGGAGCUGCUUGAGAUGGUCAUCUGCUUGCAAAGUCCCUUGUCGAAUUGCGAGGUGGUAUUGCAAGAGCUUAUCUUUCGAUUGCGAAAACAAUUGAAGCUGUUUAGGAAAGGUACGGGCGAUUGGUCAGGUUUGAAAAGCGUUAAGUGGGCGCUUUUCACAAAGAAUGAUAUUAAGGAGCUUCAACUUCGCCUUGAGACUGCGAAGGCGACUUUGAACACUGCGUUGAGCGGAGUUUCCGUGUAUGAGCCGUCCUCAACAUUCGUAACAGCAGACACUGACAGAGGCAAGAUUGUGUGUGAUUUGACAGCUACUUUGGUUAAUGGGACCAUUGAGAAGCCGAAAGAUUUAUUCGGCUCCCGUCCGUCAACCAGUGUAAAUGCUGAUGUUGAGAUGCAAUCAUCAGUCCAGUCCAUAGAGACCUUGGAUCUCAACGAGUCUAGCCACCGGAUGAGACUUAGCAUGAAGACAGCGAGCCUGAAAGAACAGUCUUCUCUUUUGGAGGAAGAUGACCUCGAUAUCGGCGUAGACAGCUCGCUAAACCGAUCACUUGCCCAAAUAUCCCAGAGAUUGGCGGAGAAUGCAUCGGAGCUGGGUCAAAUUCGGGAAGCAUACGCCUCCAUGUCCAGAGAUGCAAUUGGCAAGACACCUUCCAGUGAGACAAUUACAGGGGUGGAUUCUCCAGGAGACGAGAUGAAUUCAUUUGUUGGAGGUUCAUCCACAGUUGCUCUCACUUGCUAUCGCUCAGAUUCAUUUGACGAUUGCGAAUCUCAAAAUUCAGAAGACGACUUCUACUCGAUGAUUGACGAGUGGUCUAGACCUCACACGCCAUCACCAACAAUGUAUCUGGAAAUGUCAUUGUCGUUUUGUCCCGAAUUGAUGACGGUCGAGGGUGUACUCGAAGACCCACUGUUUGUCAUUGGCAGUAAGCGUUCAAGCACACACCCCUCGACCCAUAAUUACUUCGUCCUGUACGCAGAAAAACGAGAAUGGCGGAGGGUCACCAUUUCGGUCAGGAUCGAUGGUUUAAAGGACCUAGCGACCGUCUUCGGUUUGGAUUUUUUCUAUGAUUCCGAACAACAUAGUCUAGCACUACCAAGUGUUGUUCGCGACCAGGUAAAGACGUUAUGUCGCAAGACUGAUCUCUUCGCAUCUGUGACCAACUUUUCACUCUACUUUCGACGUCGUGAGGGCAGCUCGACGUUUGGGGAUUAUACCAGGUCUACGAUUAGUGAGGAUUGUGCGGAAGCCUGCUCAUCUGCCGAGGAUCAGAUCCUACGCGAUAUCCAGGAUUUGGGAUGCGAGGUAUACCGAGAGACCGAGAUUGAAACCAAGACUCGUAAAUCCUCCAAUUGCUUUAUUGUGCGUGCGAGGUCAUACUUAUCGUGCAUCGAACGUAAGGCUCCAUUUGUCAAUUCUGGAGCGGUCGACGGAAGUGGUUUCCAGGUAUUCGUCAAUGACCUAAAGUUCUUGAGAUCUCUAGAAGGCUGCAGCGGUAUUGCUACGUUCAUCGGCGUUGUUCUUGAUGGCAUGGGAGAACAUCUGAAAAGUUAUCUAUACGAGUACCCAGCUUUUGGUAGCCUUCAAACAAUGCUUAUCAAGGCAGACUCUAAGUCUGAGGUCAUACCGUGGGACAUCAGAGAAGCCUGGGCAAGGCAGAUCGUCGACACCGUCGCGUGGAUGCACUGUCAUAGAGCUGCUCGAAUCGGUAGCCUGAGGUGGAUGAUUGAGAUCGGUAUCAGAGCGAAUGGUACAAUCGUAUUCACUGCACUUAGGACCUCACAGAGACACUUCGAUUAUAAGCUGGGAAUGAUGGCACCUGAAUUGCGUGAUAUCCCUAGGGGAGAGAUUUACUAUGAUCUUAUGAUAUUUGACGGCCGUCCCUCGAAACACCUCUCUCAGUAG